GCAGGGAGUGGAAAAGCGAGUGGGGGGAAUAGGGAGAAAGUGGCACCGGGCUAGCGAGAAUGGAUGCCGGGAGGGUAGUGGGGUUGGGCGCGAGGCAGAGCGGGGUCGGGAUCUAUGAGGAGGGGAGGAGGGGAGGAGGGACGCAGCGGUUGACGUGCGCUACCGCGGGUAGGGGGGGGAGUUACAUGGGGAAAGGUGGGGCGUGGUCGGGGAGACUGGAACGGGAAGGGGGAACAUGGGAUGACGUGGCAGGAGGUUGCGAUCGGGGUAGGACAAGGUCGGGAACGAGUGUGAUUGGUGGGCGAGAUGGGAGGUCGGGAUCAGGAAGUGAGGGAAAGGGGGAGAUCGAGAGGAGGGGCAUCGGGAUCGGGAUUGGGAGGGGUAGAUGGCGGGAUCAGGAUUGCGGAAUUGGUGGGAGAGUGCGCAAUGGGUCGGGCAGCAGGGGAGGGGGGAUCGCGUGCACGUGCAUGCGGGGGCAUCACGCUCUUCGGGGAGGAAGAUUCCCAGAGAUGGACCUUCGCGUCAGCGGGCACGGUCUGCGCAAAGAGGAGAUCGACGCGGUCGCGAUGGCGGUCACUGCCGUCUUCGUGAACACGAUGGGCGGCAUGUCGUCGUCCUCAAGCGACAUGUUGACACAGCUCCGAAAACGAAGAGCGCUGUUGCAGCGCAUUGCCGAAGCGCCGGAUUGCGCGCAGGUGGUGGUGGAUUUGGAUCUGCGGAUUCUCGAUGUCCCCAUCGGAUACCCGGGAAGUGUGUACGAUGUACGCGUCCUGCACAAUUCCCAGCUGUGGAGGCGUGCAGAAGCUGGCGAGCUGUUCGACGCACCUCCGGAGAAUCUGCCGCACGGUGUCGUCACGCGAGGUUACCUGCUAGGCGACAACGGUUAUCCAGUUGCCUGUCCAUGGAUCGUACAACCGUACGGAGGAAUCGACCAACAUCCUGACAACGAGCGCUUCAACACGCGGCAGAAGGUGGCGUGGGGGUGUGUGGAGAGGGCAUUUGGGCGACUGAAGUGCAUGUGGCAUCUGUUUUUGCGCACCCACAAGACGAACCUGGAGACCUUGCCACGACAAUUCGUGGCAGUGUGCACUCUCCACAACAUCCUCCUCGGCGCGGGGAUCGACUUCGAUGAGAACCUUUUGUGGGAGGUGAAUGAGAACGGCAUUCGUCGUAGAGUAGACUUGGGGAUUGUGGGGAACGGCGCGGGCGGGCAGCGACAGAGCAUGAACGUGGACGGGGACUUGUUGCGGGAUGCACUUCGAGACCGCCUAACUCUGAUGUAGGACC